GUUCGUGUUCCUUGCUGAGUGAGUGUUGCAAGCAGACACGAAUGUGUCUGGGGCGUAGAGGCAUACUUGUAAUGUGCCGAUUGACAGUAUGACAAUGCAUUCAACAACAGAAGCCGUGUCAGCCACUCACUACACCAGCUACGUGUCAUGCACGGCUCAGAGGGGAGAGUGCCUAGCAGCCUCGAUUCGAUUGUCCAGAAUCAUCGGACGCAAAACCUGCCUCCCCUCCCCCAACGCCCAAACUCACUCGACUACCUACCCAACACAAACACACACACAACGUGACAUCACAUCACACGACACAGUGAGUGUUACUUACACACGGCCCCGUCAAUCAGCUUAACCUACCCGCCUUUGGCCUUGUCCGCCUCUUGGGCAUCCUUGGCCAGUAUCUCCGCCUUGAAUUCGCGGAUCUUCUCGGCAAAGAGUUUGAUCUGCUCCUUCUCGACCUGCACUGUCGUCACGUGCCCGCCGUCAACCACAUGGUGGCCACCGAUCCACACGUCCGUCACCUACACACACACGCACACACGCACACACACACACACAGCCCCAAAGAGAGAGGCUUCGUGAUCGCUGUCAGUCAGCCAUUCGUUGAGUGUGGGAGUGAGUUGCGGCACCUUUCGUGCGGUGGUGUAGACGAGGUGCGAGAUGGGGUCAUAGAUGGGCAGCAGCUCGUCGGCGCUCAGAUCGACGGCAACCACAUCCGCGUACUUGCCGACCUCAAGGGAGCCUGCGGGACAGUCACACACACACACAGAUCUCAGGACUGAGGAGAGUGCUCGUUCGUGGUGCCGUGGGCGAGGCGUGGCGUGCUGUGGCGACCCACCCACCCACCCAGGACGUCGGCUUUGCCCAGUGCCCUGGCGCCGUUGAUGGUGGCCAGCCGAAGUGCGGUGAAGUCGUCGAGAGCAGCGGCGCUGUUGGCCUUCAUCUGCACAAACAACCAACACAAGAGAACACAACAAACUCGUUGGCCCCUCCUGCGUCCUUCCUUGUCUGACCGACCCGACCUUGGCGAGCAGCGAGGCCAGUUGCAUUUCUGACAUCAUGUUGAGUGCGUUGUUGGAGCAGCUGCUGUCGGUGCCAAGACACACAUUGACCCCCCGCCGCAGCAGCUUGACCACGUCACACACACCCGACGCCAGCUUCAGAUUCGACCUGACCAACGUCGACACACAUCCUCCCCAUCUGAUCUGAGUGCACUGCACAUGUGCUGACGGAGACGGACUUGGGAUUGUGGCAGACGUUGACCCCCCUCUCGGCGAGUUUGUCGAUCUCCUCAUCGGUCAGCCACACGCAGUGUGCGGCGACGAGCCGCUCGUUGAGGACCCCCGCCCUGUCGAGGCUGUCGAUGGCACUGAUGCCGUGCUGUGUGUGGUAGUCGGCCACCUCCUUCUCAGUCUCGUGCAGGUGGGUGUGGAAGGGCACCUGCAGCUCACUGUUGUUGGCACGCGCCAAGGCCGCAUGCCACUCCUCACCCACUGCACACACACACACACACAUAGACAUGCAGUGUGGGGCGGGUCGUGUUGUGUGCAGCCACGUGUGCGUCUUCGGUUGGAUGGGAUGCACGCUUGCUCUUGCCUGUGUAGCUGGAGUGAGUGACUACGGACGGGGUGAUCCAGGGGUCGUUCUUGGCCUUCUCCCGCCGGAUGAAGUCUAUCGAUCCAUCCACCAUCUCCUUGACCUACAUGGUAUGCAGCAACCACACACAUACAGACAGACACCGACACAGACACAUUCCCACAACUGUGUGUAUGUCUGUGCCGGUCGGCUCACUGACUUUGCCCGUUUUGAAGUCGAUAACAGCCUCGCCCAGGACGGCCCUGAGCUUUGCCCUCCGGAAGACCUCAGCCGACACAUCCGGGAUGAAGUACAUGUCGUUGACCAGGGUGGUGCCCGUCUUGAGCAUCUCGUAGGCCGCCAGCUCGGUGCCGUACUUGACGAAGUCUGGCGAGCAGAACUUGCCCUCGGCCGGCCAGAUGAACUUGUGCAGCCACACCUGCAGCUCCUGGUCGUCGCUGUACCCCCGCAGCAUCGUCAUCCCGGUGUGUGCGUGGCAGUUGAUCAAACCUGACACACAGACAACACAGAUAUAUGUCUGUCUGCAUGUCUGUGGCCGUUCUUUCUCUCACUCUCUCUCACCAGGGAUGAGCGCAUGAGUGUCGGAGUGGUCGACAACCCUCCUGGCCGUGUGUGUCUUGCCCACAUCGUCGUUGGGCACGAUGGCGGCGAUCCUCUCGCCCUUGAUGCACACAGCGUGCCUCUCCAGCACCCUCGGGGUGUCGCUGUCCACCGGGAUCACCCAUCUUGCCAGGAUGGCCGUGUCAUGAUCUGUGCCUUCUGACGAGCUCUUGCCUGCUGUCUGCUCGGGCGAUGCAAUGCCAUUCAUGCCUCUGUGAUUCGGCAUUUCAUCUGCUUCCUAUUUGC